AUGGCAGGUGGGCGUCCGUGGCAAGUGGGCGUCCGUAGCAGCAACACACAAGGCCAUGAGACCAGCAGCAUAGAGAGCCACUGCCCCAACAGCACAGAGGGCCAAGGCCCCAGCAGCAUAGAGGGCCAAGGCCCCAGCAGCAUAGAGGGCCACGGCCCCAGCAGCACAGAGGGUCAAGGCCCCAGCAGCAUAGAGGGCCAAGGCCCCAGCAGCAUAGAGGGCCACGGCCCCAGCAGCACAGAGGGUCAAGGCCCUAGCAGCACAGAGGGCCACGGCCCCAGCAGCACAGAGGGCCACGGCCCCAGCAGCACAGAGGGCCAAGGCCCCAGCAGCACAGAGGGCCAAGGCCCCAGCAGCAUAGAGGGCCAAGGCCCCAGCAGCAUAGAGGGCCACAGCCUCAGGAGCUUAAUUGUGGACGCUUCACUAGCCUCUUCCCACAGACCAACAAACAACAUUAACUGCGGCAUCAGCGACCUGAAACAACGAUGA